CGGUGAUGGCUCUCAAACAAGCUAUGUGGAAGUGGAGGCCUCUUGCGGCGGCGGCGGCGGCAUGUGCUAGGUCGAAGAUGUUUUCAUCAUCAUCUCUUAGUAUUCUGUAUGGUCCUGAGAGUGCUAAUUACCGACUCUAUGCUCCUGAUGUUUUAAAUUUUUACAUGGACAUCAGGCGUGCAAAGAAUGGACCUGAUGCUCAUAAGUAUGAGGACUGGAACGUUCCCGACGAGGUCCAAGGUUACAUAGAUGCAGGGCCGAAUUUUGAGAUCAUGCUGUAUGAUUUGAGAAAGCUCCCUAAGUUGGCUGCUGGUGACCUUCUUCACCGAUAUGAUCUUGUACAAAAGAUUGACGAUGAGAUUGAUCUGGGAGGCAUUGACCCGAAUGCCAUUCCUUGUUAUAAGGAACGCUAUCACAGUGGGGAAGCCAAGCAAUUGAAGACCCUUCUUAAUGAUAUAAAAAGGAUCAACCGCAAGAACAACAAGUUCCCAAAGAAGAAGAAGAAGAAGCCGAUCUCUGACUACCCGUCCGACAGUGAUGAUGAUCCUGUCGAGGGUCCUCCUUAUGACUAUGCUGAUGAGUGUCGAGAGUUCACCCAACAGUACAACAAGGAGCAAAACAAGAACUUGGAGUUUUUGGGAGUGACUAGAGUUUACCUGGAUGAAAGUUACAAGACCCGAGUUCAUGUCUUCCGAGCUGCUGAUCCAUCCGCUGCCCGAGUGCCAAUCCUACUUGAAGCGCGUUGUUCCUAUCCUGAUAAUAGGUUGCUCCAAGUCAAGCCCUUUAAACCAGUUCCUGUCCGUGGAUUCGGAAAGACUUCUGGCCUCAGUGGAUUGGGAAAGACUUCUGGCCUCCGUGGAUUAGGAAAGCCUUCUGGCCUCCGUGGAUUGGGAAAGCCUUCUGGCCAUUUGCUAUAUGAAUGUAAAUAAAUCUAUGUCUUGAAUGUGUAUUUCUAUAACAAACUCUCUGAGUUGAUAGUGUAGUUGUUCUCUAAUUUAUGGUGGAAGCAGU